CUGGCCAGGCAGGCGAGGCGGGACAGCGCGUCCAGAGUACACUGAGCAAAUGGGGCUCGCCAUGGACCGCAGCCCGUACUCCCGCACUGGGGAUGGGGCGCGCGGCUGCUGGUACUACCUGCGUUAUUUCUUCCUCUUCGUGUCUCUCAUCCAGUUCCUGAUCAUCCUGGGCCUGGUCCUCUUCAUGAUCUACGGCAACGUGCAUGCUACCACCGAGUCCAGCCUGCGGGCCACCGAGAUCCGAGCCGACAACCUGUAUAGCCAGCUGAUGGGGCUGUCGGCCACACAGGCUAACCUGAGCAAACAGCUGAACAUCACCGUGCUCGCCAAGGACUCCGUCAUGCAGCAGCUGCUGACCGCGAGGCGCGAGCUGGAGCGCAUCAAUGCCAGCUUCCGCCAGUGCCACAGCGAACUGAUCACCUACAAGGCCUAUAACCAGUUCAUUGUCGCCAUCAUCCUGAGCGAGAAACAGUGCCAGGAGCAGCUGAAAGAGACCAACAAGACGUGCGAAGCCUUGCUCUUCAAGCUGGGUGAGAAGGCUAAGACACUGGAAAUGGAGGUGGCCAAAGAGAAGGCGGUAUGUGCCAAGGAUAAGGAGAGCCUGCACGCUGGAAAGCGACUGGCGGAGGAGCAGCUGGAGGCCUGUGGCAAAGCGCGGGAGCGGCAGCAGCAGGAGCAGCAGGUGUCGGAGGAGCAGCUGCGCAAGGUACAGGCCCUGUGCCUUCCCCUGGACCAGGACAAGUUCCACGCAGACGCGUUGGCCGUGUGGCGGGACUCCCUGAUAAGGCGCUCCCUGGAUAACCUGGGCUACCACUACCCCUCGCUGGUGCCCGAGAUUUCGUCUGUCCGCCGGUUGUGCGAUCAGCUGCCCGAGAUCAUGAGCUCCAAGGUGGGAGACCUGGCGCGUGAGUUGCGCGCAGGUAUUGAGCGCGUGACCCGCGAGAACGCGGAACUCCGGCGGCAGAAGCUAGAGCUGGAGCGCGCGGCGCAGAGCGCGCAGGAGGCGCAGGCUCGCGCUGCGACCGAGACGAAGGCGCGCGAGAGCCAGCUGCGGGCGGAGUGCGCGCGCCAGACGCAGCUGGCGCUGGAGGAGAAGGCGGCGCUGCGCGCGCAGCGCGAAGGCUUGGAGCGCGAGCUGGAGGCUCGCAAGCGCGAGCUGGAGCAGCUGCGCACCGAGGUGGACGUGCGCAUCAACGCACUGGACACCUGCCUCAAGGCCAAGUCGCAGCCAGUAAUCCUGCCGAGACUCACAGCCCCUGCCCCCAACCCUCCGCCCAUUGAUCCCGCUAGCCUGGAGGAAUUCAAGAAAAGGAUCUUGGAGUCCCAGCGGCUCCCGGUGCUCAACCCUGCUGUCCCACCCAGUGGUUGAGGAAGCAGCUACUGCAGGACGCUGGGUGCCUGACUCACCUGUGGAUGGGGCAGCCAGAUGCCAGUGGCGCAGGAUACCCGCUGUACCCACUCCCAUCCCACCAGCAACCUCCAUCCUCUCCACAGUCCCCGCCGUCCCCCAGACACUGGCUUUAAGGUGCAUACUGCUGUGAGGUGACGUCACAUCAACCUCUUCUGCAGUGACUGGCAGGGCACCUGAUCCGUGCACAAAGCAUCCACUCCAGGCAACUUCUCAGGCUUCCUAUCUCCCCCAUCCUGAGCCUGGAGGUAAGAGAAGGAAGCCUGGCUUCCAGCUUCCUUGGGAGUUUCCAGGCUCCCGUAAAGGUAAAGGCCUUAAGAGUUUCCAGGCUUCCCCUGGAGGGCUCUAGCUUCCUUCCCCAGGAUUUUCAUUGGGCUUUAAAGCCUUUUCCAGCAUCACCAGGCUCCCCUCCUCCCCACAAUGAAGGGCCUAGACUGCAGUUGCGGGUGCUCUGAGGAUUUCAUAGGGCCCUGGGGUGAUUCUUCCCACAUUCAGCCUUCCUUGUAGCCCUUAAAGGUAUUGCUGGCACACAAUAAAUAUCCAAGAAGUCCUUUGAA